AGCCAUUUUUCGAAAAAUAUUGCACAACGAAGCACAUCGAAAAUUAUGUAUUUCUCAGGAUAUUGACGAUAUAAGAGCAACAUUCAUUAAUAUAUACAUUGGGUAACAAUCGAAGAACCUAAAAAUGGGAGUUCCAAAGUUUUAUAGAUGGAUCAGCGAGAGGUAUCCGUGCCUCAGUGAGGUCGUCAAAGAAUAUCAGAUACCUGAAUUUGAUAAUUUGUACUUAGAUAUGAAUGGUGUUGUACAUACGUGCUCCCACCCUGAAGAUGACAACCCUCACUUUAGAAUCACAGAGGAGAAGAUAUUUGCAGACAUCUUUCACUAUUUGGAGGUACUUUUCCGCAUGAUCAAGCCACGCAAAGUUUUCUUCAUGGCUAUAGAUGGUGUUGCACCAAGAGCUAAGAUGAAUCAACAGCGAGGGAGACGAUUCAGAUCUGCCCGGGAAGCAGAGAACCUUGUCAGGAAGGCCCUUGAGGCUGGAGAGAUUCUACCAGAACAACAGAGAUUUGACUCUAACUGUAUCACACCUGGCACAGAAUUUAUGCAGAGACUACAAGAUCAGCUGAAGUACUUUGUCACCAAUAAAGUGUCAACUGACAAAAUGUGGCAGGGAUGUAGGGUUUAUCUCAGUGGACAUGAGGUGCCAGGUGAGGGAGAGCACAAAGUGAUGGACUUCAUUAGAUAUGAGAAGUCCCAGCCAGGAUAUGACCCCAACACAAGACAUUGCCUCUAUGGUCUUGAUGCUGAUCUGAUUAUGCUUGGGCUGAUAUCUCACGAGCCACAUUUUUCACUGCUCAGAGAAGAAGUUAGAUUUGGAGGAAAAAAUAACCAAAAAAGAGCUACAUCUGCCGAAGAAACUGUGUUCCACUUACUCCACUUGACUUUACUCAGAGAAUAUUUAGACUUUGAAUUUGCUAGUCUCAAAGGCAACCUUCCAUUUGACUACAACAUAGAGAAUAUCAUAGAUGAUUGGGUCCUUAUGGGCUUUCUUGUGGGGAAUGAUUUCAUCCCACAUUUACCUGAUAUGCACAUUAAGAAUGAUGCAUUGCCAUUAUUGUGGAAGACAUAUAUGGAGGCUUUGCCACAGAUGGAUGGUUAUAUCAAUGAGAAUGGACAUCUCAAUCUGCCACGAUUCAAGAAAUACCUGGAAGUUUUAUCAAGAUAUGAUAUUGAGAACUUCAGUAACCAAUACUUUGACCUGAAGUGGUUGGAAGGGAAAGGUGCCAGCUCUGGAGCCAAACUACCAAGAUUAGAGAAACUUAAAGCAAACAAACCUAGCGUACAAACAGCAAACCAGUUUUCCGCAUUAGAUGGCAGCACUGAAACUCCUGAAAUAUCCCAAGAGAAUGAUGAUAUCAUGGUUUUUGACUUCUCAGAUGAUGAGCAAGAUGAUGUAGAAGAAUACACUAGUAGCGAAGACGAUGACGAAGAAGAUGAUGAUGAUGGCUUCAAAAAAGCCUUUACAAAAUUUAAGAGACACUACUAUAUGGAUAAACUUAAAAUCAAAAAAGUGACACCUGAAGCAUUACAAGAACAGGCUGUUGGCUAUGUAAGGGGAAUACAAUGGAUCUUACAUUACUAUUACAAUGGUGUUCCUUCUUGGAGCUGGUACUUUGAGCACCAUUAUGCCCCUUAUAUGAGUGAUGUAGCAAGGUUUCCCUCAGAUAUGACAAUAGAGUUUGAACUCUCCACACCAUUUCUACCAUUUGAGCAACUCAUGGCUGUACUCCCUGCUGCUAGCAAGAAUCUCCUGCCAAAACCACAUCAGUCGUUGAUGGUGAUGGACAACUCUCCUAUAAUAGACUUCUACCCUGUUGAAUUUGAAUCUGAUCUCAAUGGUAAACAACAAGACUGGGAAGCAGUGGUACUCAUCCCAUUCAUUGAUGAGAAACGUCUGUUGGAGGCAAUGGCUCCUAUGAAUCUUAAGAUGACAGAUGAAGAAAAGGCAAGGAACCAACAUGGUCCCCACUAUAUGGUUCAGUAUACCCCAGAGAUGCAGGAACCGUUCAUAUCUUCUAUGCCUGAUGCCUUCCCGGAUAUUCUGGCAAAUCAUGCAAAGCUGACUCUGUUCGAUCAGGAUAUAUUCAGAAUACCACGAGACAAAAUUAAUCAUGGACUUUGUCCAGGAGUCAGACUAGAUGUCUACUUCCCUGGCUUUCCAACUUUAAAACAUAUCAGACAUACGGCAUCCUUAAAGAAAGCAGGUGUGAAAGUGUUCCAGCAACAGAGUAGGGGAGAGAACAUGAUCCUUCAAAUCCAAGAUGACUCAGAUCUAGACCUAGAACAGACAGCACAUGAUAUCCUUGGCACUUCUGUAUUUGUCAACUGGCCUCAUCUGUAUGAAGCCAAGGUUGUAGAGAUUUCUGAUGAUCAAUAUAAGUACUCUCUGGUAGAGUUCACCACACUGAAAGGUGGUAAGAAACAGUUUGAAAUACGACGUGAAGAGAUGAACCAGGGAGACGUGGCACUGUGGCAUAGAUGGGUGAACAGUAUAUCUGAGAUGUACAGCAAUAGGAGAGGGGUGGACAUUUCACCUACUUUAGCUCUUAUAAAGGCUCUACCUAUGCAGGGCAGAAAAUAUAUCUGUGGUCAACAUGGCAGUAACAUAACACUAGAGAAACAAUGGGCAGCCAAUCCAGGAGCUUAUGUCCUGCAGUCUACUGUCAGAGAUAUAGCUGUUCAUGAUGAAACAUUUACCCAAUAUCGAACCCUGCCAGAACUAUUCCCUGUGAACUCCACUGUGUUUAUGUUGGGGUCUCCACACUAUGGAGCUGAGGGUAAAGUGGUAGCGAUUGACCCUGGCAAUGAUGGUAGAAUUAGUGUGGAAUUUUCCAUCCUAGUUGAACCUGAUCUAGAUGAAGUUAGGCGAAAAAAGAAUCAACUGUCUGUGCAUUACAUGCCAGGGUACGUAAUAGCACAGAGGACCGGGAUCAGCUCUCACUUGCUGAGCAGAAUCACAGGGACGAUUUAUUUAUUUCGGGGCAGCACAGAUGCCCCUCUGGAGCACAAACUCAAUGUGGGGCUCAACCUGAAGUUCAACAAGAAGGGAGAGGAGGUCCCUGGAUACACUAAGAAAAAUGAUGGAACCUGGCUAUAUUCAACAAAAGCACUCAAGAUUAUUCAAGAAUACAUAGAAAAAUUCCCAGAAUUAUUUGAACACUUCUCGCAGAACCAGACCCAUAAUGAUAAUUACUAUGAGGAGGAUGUGUUUGGAUCCAACAGUAAAGCCAGGAUAAAUGACUUGUCUAACUUCCUGAAACAGCUACCAAGCUUCAACUCAGCCAGAGCUGCACAUGGAAGUGACUCACUAGAUGAUCUUGUCAUAAAAGCCAUAGAGGAACAGAUGGAAAAAGUAGAUGAAAUGAAUAAGAAGAAAAAGAGACGAGUAAAAAUGCAAGUUAGACCACAUCUCUUAUUCAGGCCAUUAGGCAUCCAGGGCACCCUAACUCCAGACUCCUCUGCCACAUAUGAGGUGUUUGACAGGGUGGUGAACAUUAGAGAUGGAUUCAGUGUCCCCAUGGGACUGAGAGGCACAGUGGUUGCAAUACAAUCAGCUGAGAAAGAGCAGGAUAUCAUCUAUGAGGUUGUCUUUGAUGCACCCUUCAUGGGAGGUCUUACAAUCAGGUGUUCAGCCAGCAAAGCCUAUAGAAUGCCUGGUACCUCCCUGAUUAAUCUCAGCCAUGGAGUUAGAAAGGAACAAGGUAUAACGACUCCAAUCAAGAAAACUCCGACUAAGCCUCAAUUCCAGAAUCAACAGAAUCGGCAACAGAGAGGAGCACACAAUAACAGUAAUAACAAUAUCACUUAUGCCAAUAGUGUCGCAAUAAAUGGACCGAUGAGGAGACCAGGUCUGGGAUACGAAGCACAUCAUCGUCAACAAAAUGAAGCACAAUUAAAUCAGGGUGCGAAGGGUCAAUAUGCAGUUGAUAACAACAUUAGGCAACAGCAACAAAAUAUUAGGUCUCAACAACAACAGUCAACUAGAUCGCAACAAGACACACAUAAACAACAGUAUGAGACACAUAAACAGCAGAAUGACACACCUAAAAAACAGAAUGACAUGCAUAAACAACAGCAAAAAGACAAUCAUAGACAGCAACCAGUAGAUUUGAAGGAACAGCGUGAACAAUACCUCCAACAGAAGGAGCAGAAAAGAAAGAUGUACGAGAGUAGAGCACCAAAGCCGAAACAAGACAAUGAGUUUGCAAAUAUCUGGCAACAGUUACAAUCCUCAGCUGUAACUGAAGACUCUAUAUUAGCACAGGCAGCCAAGGUUUUACCCACUCCUGAUAAAGUAAAACCCAAAGAGGACACAACCGUCAAAGCACCGAUGGACAAACAGAUGACAAGAGUUGAUGUCGAUACACUGUUUAAGGCAAAGGAACAGCCAAGUGCUACGAAAGACAAUGAAGAGUUCAACGAUUUGUUUAAUUCACUUAAAGUGUCUGAGGAGAAAAAGCAACCUGAGUCAAGUCAGGAUAAGGACCCAAGUGCAGCAUUGUGUGAAAUGUUAAAGAUAGGUGGCAGCACUCCAACUAAGUCAACUCCAAAAGAGGCAACAGAUGUCACGACUAACAAAACUUAUGGAAAACAAGUAUCGGUGCAAGAAUUGUUUCGGGGUGCACAGAAGCAGAGUACACCUACCAAAUCAGAUGGGCAUCAGCCAAAGACUGUGAAACAAGCCAACCAACAGUCCUCUGCAGUACUACAACUGCUUAGUUGGUGUCAGCAAAUGAAGAUGGCCCCUCCCAAAUAUGACUAUAUUCCACAUCAGAAUAAGCCUUUGGUGUCUGCUUGUAUAGCCUUAGCAGAUGGGAGAAAGUUUCAGGGCUCUGCAACCAAAAGCAAGGAACAGGCAGCUGCCAGUGCAGCCAGCAUGGCCAUGUUGCAGCUGCGAACCAAGUCCCCUGUUCCUCCUUUUAAUGGACCAGGGCCUCAACAGCAGCAAAUGCAACCUCAGAUUAUGGGACGCGGGGGAAUAAUGACAUCCCCAACCUCUGCCUUCACUCCUGUACAGCCAAGAGGAAACUUCAGCCAGUACCCAAUAAACAACCAAGGAGCCAUACAACAACAGGGGGGUCUACAUGGGGGCCCACAGAGGUUCCCUGGCUACCCCACUACACAGCCAGGCUUCAUGCCGGGUCAUCACCAAGGCAACUUCCAACAGCAGCAGCCAUUCAGAGGGGGCUAUCCCCACCCACAGGGAGGUCAGCAGAGACCGCAGGGUCAGCCUUACCCCCAAGGAGGCCAGGGUGGUCCCCAGAGACCUCGGGGUCAGCCUCACCCUCAGGGGGGCCAGCAAAGACCCCAGGGUGGUCCACAGAGACCUCAGGCUCAGCCUUACCCCCAGGGAGGCCAUCAACAAUUUCAACAGAGAAAUGGCCAUCCAGCCCAGCCACCGUUUCAGCAACAUGGAGGACCUAGGCAACAGCAAGGGUCAAAUAAACACACCCCUACAAAAGGACAGAUCCAGCAACAGAGGGAAAACACUCCACAGAAAGAAUCAACUCCUACUAAACCUAAUGCUUUUGUCCCCAUGCAGGUGACAAAAAAACAAGUCACGCCUCAGAGGAGCUUAAAGAAAGAAACGGAUCCUGAAGAAAAUGAAAACAAACAGAUUUCACAGACUGAAGAAAGUGAACAGCAAUCAAAGUCUUUGGAUUCUAGUAAACCUUAUGCACCCUCAGAACAGUGUAAACAAAAUACUAGUAAAACUGUACCCCAGGCUAAAUCAAAAAAAUCACCCCCUAGAAAUUCAGAUGGUGCUAAACCCAAGCCUAGAAAGGGACGAAGCAGACUCGCCAUCAACUUUGGAGCACCAAGCCAGUAGGACCAAGUGGUGUUCUAUCCCAGCCCAUAUAGAGAGAGCUCUAUCGGAUUUUAACAUUAUUUUUAGAGCCCUCACAGCUAAGCUGACCCAUAUAUCUACAAUUGAGUCAGGAAGUCGAUUA